AUGAGAAAUGAAUUGUACUCAAAUGCUGCUUUUUUAUGUGAGAGAUUAUAUGCUGAGUUCAAAGAUGACAAGAGAUAAAAUGAGGAUGUUAAACUUCUUCUAGCUGAGUGCUAUCUAGGUGAAGGAAAGGCUUAUAAGGCUUAUGAAGUUUUGAAGAAUAGUUAAAGUAAUGCAAACAGAUAUAAGUUCGCGUUAACUUGCCUGAAAUUGAACAAGUUAUAAGAGGCUGAAAAAGCACUCUUAAACAAAAAAGGAUCACUGCCUCUUUAGUAGUAGGAUCAUAAUGCCCUCUCGUAGGUACCAAAUGGAGCAGCAGGAUUAUACUUAUUAGGCUAAAUAUGUGAAAGAUAAAUUAAGCGCAAAGAAGCAGUUGACUUUUACUAAAGAGCUUUAGCGCUUGAUCCAACUCUAUGGUGUGCAUUUGAGAGAUUGUGCCGAUUACAGAUGAAUAUUGACCCUAAUAAGGUAUUUAAUGAAAAUCACUAAAGCAUUCAAAGAUUAAACUAAGUCAUUAGAGAUUAUAUGCUUCAAUAACAACAUCAAAUUAAUAGCAUGAAUGGUGUUCAGGCAUCACCGAGCUAAAACUUGCAGAUAAACCCAAAUGCUACUUAGUAUCAAACUAAGUCUCCUAAUAUUAACAUGCAGAGAAGUCCAUCAAACCAGGAUAUGAAAGAAAACCAGUAAAUGUCUGCUAAAAAGAAUUUAAAUAUCACUAAUGAAGAUAUCAACAAUGAGGACGAUAGUUCUUAUCAAAAUGAACUCAAAACUCCAACUGGAUAGUCAAGUGGCUAGUAUAUUACACCUACUAGCAAUAUGAAUCAAGUGCCAACAAAAAAGCUUGGACACAAUGCCCCCUCUCAAAUUCAUCAUUAAAGUAGAAUAAUGAUAUCUAACAAUGUUUCAGCUGGAGGCAGUCAGAUAAUAACAGGAAGUGGUUUAGGCUAAGGAAUUGGAGGUGCAGGUUUAGCAAAUCAAUUAUAAUUUUAAAUGGAUGAUUCUAUGACUGGUGUUCAAUAAUCAAUUAUUCAUUCUCAUCUAUAUCCAGCUAACAAUGUUGGAGACCCAAUCAUAAAGCCUUUCACUAUUAGCACACCUAAUUUAUAGAAUAUUCAAAUUCAGUAAAAUCAAAAUGGUGUAUCAUAGCAAUUCAUUCAUUAGAUGAAUACAACUCCAAUUUAAAACAACUAGAAUUAAUUGUAGCAAUAGUAAAUUUCAAGCUUUGAUACAAACUAAUAACUACAAAGUGAGGACCGAGGAAAGGCUAGCUUUUUGACAGGAUCAGCCUCCAACUAAAAGACUAAGAAAAAUUAAGUUGCAUAAUCCCAAUAGCAAUAGGUUCUCUAAACACCUUAAUAGUAAACACAAUAGUAAUAGUAGGCAUAACAAUUAUAUACAUUGCAAGCAUUACUUCAAUCACCACUAUCUGUGGACAUUCAAGAUUUAAUGUCCCUAUUAAAAGUUUUAGGACAUGCUUUUCUUCAAUUAUGCCUCUAUAGAUGCCAAGAAAGCAUCAAGAUUUUUGGUAAAUUACCUAAGAAGCAAUAUAACACAGGCUGGGUUUUAUCUCAGAUUGGAAAAUGCUACUUUGAGAUGGGCAAAUAUUAAGAGGCUGAAAAGUUUUAUUAUAAAGUCAUGUCAACUGUUGAGCCCUAUAGGCUUGAGGGUAUGGAAUACUAUUCAACCUGUUUAUGGCAUUUAAAAAAAUAAGUUGAACUUUGCUUUGCCUCUAAUCAUUGUUUAGAGAAAUCAUUAUUUGCCCCUGAGACUUGGUGCGUUGUGGGCAACUGCUACUCUCUAUAAAAGGAACACGAGACUGCCUUAAAAUAUUUCAGUAGAGCUAUUUAACUCAAUAGCAAUUUUGCCUAUGCUCAUACCUUAUCUGGUCAUGAGUAUGUUGCCAAUGAAGACUUUGAUUAAGCCAAGAAAUGUUAUCAAAAAGCUUUGACAGUAGAUGAGAGACAUUAUAAUGCCUGGUGGGGUCUUGGAAAUAUCUGCUUGAAAUAAGAAAAGUUCGAUCAAGCUGCUACAUUAUUCCAAUCUGCCACCUAAAUUAACUAAAGAUCUGCAGUUCUCUAUACAUAUCUCGGUAUGACCAAACAUAAUUGCUCUCAACCACAUGAAGCAUUAUAAUACUUUGAAAAGAGUGAAACUAUAGAUCCCACCAAUUCUCUCAAUAAGUUUUAAAAGGCAAACGUUCUAUCCGCUUUGGAAAGAUAAGAAGAAGCCCUCUAAGUAUUCCUUGAGCUACUUAAAUAAGUUCCAAAGGAAGCACCAAUUCAUAUCCAAAUAGGUAAAAUAUACAAACGAAUGGGAAAUAUAGAGGAAGCACUAAAAUACUUCACUAGAGCCUUAGAUUUAGAUCCAAAGGAUACAAAUAUGGUUAAAAGUUUGAUCGAUAAGAUUCACUCCUAAGGAACUGGUGGAAAUGGAAUGAAUGGUGGAGAUCUAAAUGAUGAUCCAGAUGUCUAAAUUCUAUGA